AUGACUAAAGAACACAUCACAGAAGGACCGCUCGCUACUGGUGCCGACGAUCGUGGAGCCCGUAGGGUUGCCGAGACCGAACUACGUGCCGCCAAUACCGCCGACCAACAGAACGGUAUGGUCCGCGGUGCAACCCCGGACACUCCAUCAAUCCCGCUAGUAUCGGACAUAGUGCCAAACUACAGGCUGGAUGGCCAUGUAACCAUUGUCACCGGAGGUUCCGGUGGUUUGGCUCACACUCUGUCACAGGCAUUGGUUGCCCAGGGCUCCCAAGUGGCACUUGUCGACCUGGCGGUCGACAAGUUGGCCACUGUGGAGUCUGAGCUGCGCGAGUUCAUUCGUGUUAACAAAUUAAAGCCCGUUACAAUUUCUACCUGGGCUUGUGAUAUCAGUGAUGCAACUCAGGUCGAAGAGUUGAUCUGUGCUAUUCCACAGGAACACGAUGGUAUUCUGCCGGAUAAGUUGGUGCACACCGCGGGAUACUGUCAGAAUAUUCCCGCCAAGGACUACCCUGCGGAUCGCGCGGAACACCUAGUCAAAGUUAAUUUGAUGGGGUCCCUUUACAUCUGUCAAGCUAUGACGCGCCAGCUUCUAAACCACACAAAACGUAGAGAGUCUAUCUCCGCUGUGGCCAAUUCCGCGGCCGAAGCUCUGCCAAGGUUCCCCAAUGCUUCGUUCGUGCUUAUCGGGUCCAUGUCGGGCCUGAUCGUUAAUACACCUCAGCCUCAGGUCGCAUACAACAUGGCCAAGGCAGGUGUGCUGCAUUUGGUUCGUUCGCUAGCAUGCGAAUGGGCCCGCUAUGGGAUUCGUGUCAAUGCUAUCUCUCCAGGCUACAUCGCUACUCCAUUGACAAAGCAAGUCAUUAGCGCUUCUCCAGAAGGUGCCGCUUUGCAACAAGAGUGGACGUCACGUGUGCCUAUGGGUAGAAUGGCAGAUCCUAAAGAGUUUGUUGGAGCCAUGCUUUACUUGCUGGCUGCUCGUGCUUCGAGUUAUACCACUGGUGAGAAUCUUGUUGUCGAUGGUGGUUACACCAGUUGGUAA